GCGAGCCUCUUGGUCAAUCACGAACUCGUGGGAAACUAAGGCCCAUUGAAACUUCAAAUUUUAAGCUGCAAAUAUCCCAAGAAGCAAAAGUCAGUUGGGAGAUUAACAGAAAGUUCACUAUAGAAAGAUGCAGCACGAUACUGUCAUUUGGCAGCUGAUUGACAAGGGAUUUUGCUCUUUCAAAACAAAAACUGAAACAAAGACAUUUUGUCGAAAUGAAUACAGCCUUACAGGGCUCUGUAACAAGAGUUCGUGUCCUCUUGCAAAUAGCAGAUACGCAACAGUCAGAGAGCAUGAUGGUGUCUGCUAUUUAUAUAUGAAAACAAUCGAGAGAGCACAUUCACCAGCAAAACUUUGGGAAAAGGUGAAACUAUCAAAAAACUACGAAAAAGCACUUGAGCAGAUAGACAAAAAUCUCAUAUAUUGGCCAAACUAUAUAAUACAUAGAUGUAAACAGAGGUUGACAAGAAUAAAACAGUAUCUAAUUCGAAUGAGAAAGCUGAAGCUUAAAACACAGAAGAAACUUGUCCCAAUAAGCAAGAAGAUUGAGAGAAGGGAAGCAAGGAGAGAGACAAAGGCUCUUUCAGCUGCACAAAUUGAGAAAUCAAUUGAGAAGGAACUUUUGGAAAGACUAAAGAAGGGAACAUAUGGUGACAUCUACAAUUUCCCCUCAACUGCGUUCGAUAAAGCUCUAGAUGAAGAAGAACUUGAGUCCGAUCACGGGGAAGCUGAGUAUGAAGACUUGGAAGUUGAAGAAGAAGAGGAAGAUGAUGAACUGCCAGAAUUUGUUGAUGGUGAAGAAAUUGAAGAAAGUGAUAUUAGUGAUAUUGAGGAUAUCUCAGGGUCUAGCGAAGAUGAGCUGGAAGAAGAUGUGAAACAGAAAUCAAUGAGAAAGAGACCAAAGAUUGAAAUUGAAUAUGAGCGAGAAACAGAAGGAAAAAGGAAGGCAAAAGUCAGACACUAAACAAUUUUAGCUUUAUUCUAUUUUAUGUAUUAUUGCCUCGAGUCUUUGGUAUUGUAUUUACUACCUCUUAUAUGAUAAUAAAACUAGUGCUAUUCUUAUAUGAUCCACAACAUUAUAGCUUUUUAAAAUAUUGUUUGAAAAAUGAUCUUUCCCUCUAGACUAGGAUAAAAAAUGAAUGUCAAAUGUAGUGAACCUGAACAGAGGAAAAUAGUAUCAGCAAAGGUUGUUUGGCGUAUUCUCAUUGUUAAACCGUUUCUCAGUAACCCAAAGCAGACGUCUUGCCGUGCCGUUGUUUUAUCUGGCUGGCAACGUAUGUUUGCUUGUCAGCUAGGGGGAUUGAUGAUUUCCUGCCUAGGUAGAGGGACUUUUUAACAGCGUAAAUUUAAGUAAACUGCAAGCAAUGCUUUAGUUAUUGCCUGAGACCCUUGAACAAAGCAUCCGAUGUAGGGUGUUUUUAGAUAGAGUUUAGAAUGACUUUGAAAAAACCAACAUUUUAUAAAUUAUUGGCUAAAAGCUUUUUCGUCUGACACUCCUCAGAGCAUAAAAAGUCAGAAUAAAGGUCCGAAGGAAAACGAUGAAAUCGCUAUAAAAUGUUUGCUUUUGUCAAAGCUAUUUUCAAGUUCUGUACCGCAAAAAGAGUACAGUUUCAAGUUUAAAUGUUUUCUAGCCAUAAGGUUUGCAGUAGAUGUGCAAAACAAGUCAAUCUGAUGUACUUCAUAUCUUAUCUCACAUAGUCAGCCCACUUGCGUUUGAUCUGUCAUUCUUAAGGAUAGGUGUUAACUAUAUCUCUGAUCAUCAUUGUCACUAUCAUAACUGCAUAAAGUCUGUUUAAUGGAUGAAGACAAAAAGAUUCUUAUUCAUGCGCAAAAUCUGCGAUGAGCAGUAUAACAAAGUACCUACUCUGCAAAAUAAUUAUGUUGUCAAAAUAGGCCAUAAAUCAGGAUAUCUUUCGUAUAUUUGAAUGUUUUCAAUUUCGAUAAGAACAUUUAUAACGUAACUGAUCGAGUA